AUGCCGCACCAUCACCGAGCCUCCUCAUUGAGGCAGUCCAACAAAGCUUUCAAGUCGAAGCACGCCACAAAGACUUCCCUUCGCGAGGCAUCCAAAGGUCGAUCCGCUAGCGACGUAUCCAGCACAUCCCGCCUCGCCUCGCACAAGGCAUCGCCGCUCUCCGCUGCCGGUAACGAGACCGGCUCGCGUCAACACCGCCGCAACCACGCCAAGCAGGCACAGCGAUCCAAGCGCAGCGCCCUUGUUCAGUCUAACCGCAUCUUUUCAGCCGCAUCGUCAUCAUCCAGAGAAGGCAAGGAUGGCUUGUCCAAAGGAUUUGCAGGAGCAGGUGCGGGUGCACCUCGUAUCUGUGCCGUCGUGGAUCUGGCAGAAGACGGUGAUUCGUGGGAGGCUGUGAGGCGGAUCCAGGAGGAAGGUAUUGAUGGCGGUGUCCAGCCUGUCGCAGGACGCAGUGUCGAAGAGGCCCUCGCCCAAGGCUUGCCAUACUGCGAGCUCGAAGCGACCCGUUUCCGACAGACGAUCCAGUUCCUUCCUCUCCCCUACGGCGCUCUCUAUCCCACCCUCGACGCCUGCAAAUGCGCCGACUUUGUCCUCCUCGUCCUCUCCGCGUCCACCGCCAUCGAUCCUGGCUCCUGGGGUGAGCUUUGCCUCCGAACCCUCCAAUCGCAAGGUCUGCCUACCGUCGUCGUCGCCGUCCCCACAUUGCACCCGGACGGAGCCACCGGUGUUGGCGGCAGCAAGAAGGCAGGUGCAGCACUCAAGGCCGCCAACGAGGUGCGCAAGUCGCUGCUCAGCUUUGCCAAGUACUUUUCUCCCGACGUGGAGAAGGUGCAUGCGCUCGACGAUCGCGCGGAGCGCGGGGCGCUUCUGCGCACGUUGGCCACCGCUACACCGAAGCGUGUUGCCUGGAGAGAUUUCCGUGCGUGGAUGGUCAGCGAGGGGGCAGAAUGGGAGGCGGUGGAGGCCACCGGCAACGCAAAUGGUGACAGCAACGGGCUCGACGGGAUCAACGGCCACGACGCCGAGCGAGGCACGCUUAAGGUCACGGGCUGGAUUCGUGGCGCUCCCAUGUCGGCAGAUCGACUCAUCCAUCUUCCCGACUUUGGCGACUACGCAGUGGAUCGCAUCACCUACGCUCCCCCUCCGAAUGCACGCACAAAGCGAUCCAAGGCUAGCGCCACCAACGCGUCCAACGAGAUCCAAGACGAUGCCAUGACCGACGCUUCUGCGGAUACCUCAGCAGCGGACCUCGUCGCAGGAGACACUCUUCAAUCGCGCGACGACGAGUUCGCCGACGACCUGAUCUCCGAGAACGAGCCGGACGACAUGGCCAACGAACAGACAUGGCCCACCGAAGAGGAGAUGCAAGCAGCCGAGCGAUUCAACAAGCAGCGUGCCGACGGCGAGAUGCCCCCACCUCCCGCUCUGCCCGGAACCACACCCAAGACCAUCAUCAAGGGUAGCGACAAUGCCAAGGACAACGCCAAGUACCGCGCUGCAUGGAUCAUCGAGUCGGACGAAGAGGAUGAGGACGAUCUCGACGACGACGAUGGCUCACUGAUGGCGGACGAAGGCGACGAAGACAUGAUCGACGAGGGCGAUAUGGAAGUCAACGAGGCGAUCGACGACUACGAACGCAUGAAAGCCGCUGCCAUGGCGCAGCAGGCGAGCGAUACCGUCUCCGAGAUGCCCUUCGAAGACGUCGACGACGCCCAAGCGGAAGCCGAAUACCUCGCCUACCAAGAGCAACGCAAACGCGAGCGCGAGGAGCGGGACGACGCUGAGUUCCCCGACGAGGUCGAUACUCCCCUCGAGAUCGCCGCCCGUACCCGGUUUGCCCGCUACCGAGGCCUCAAGUCCUUCCGAACCUCUCCCUGGGAUCCGUACGAGGACCUGCCCCGCGACUACGCACGGAUCUUCCAGUUCGAAGAUUUCCACAAGACGCGACGUCGCGUCGAGGGCGCUGCGCUGCUGGACGGUGUGCAACCUGGAUUCCGCGUCACCGUCUGGAUCAAGGACGUUCCCAAAGCAGCGGCGAUUCGUGCUCGCGCCACCAACCUCGGCGACCUUCCGCCGAUCGACUGCUCCGUCCCCUUCGUGCUCUUCGGCCUGCUCCGCCACGAACACAAGAAGUCGGUCAUCAACUUUACCGUCACGCGCAAUACGGAGUAUGAAGAGCCGGUGCGAUCCAAGGACCCACUCGUCCUGUGUUUGGGACCGCGUCGGUUCCGUAUCAACCCGAUCUUCAGCCAGCACAGCCGUGGAGGUGGAAAGGGCGUCAACAACGUGCACAAGUUUGAGCGGUUCCUGCGUUCGGGUGUCUCGGCAUCCGUGGCGACCGUCUAUGCGCCGAUCACCUUUGGUGGAUCGACAGCCCCGGCGGUGCUCCUACGCGAACGCGCACUGGAUGGCGAAACGGGUUACGACCAGCGUGGCGUCUCCGCUGCCCAAAUGCCCCAUCUCGUCGGGUUUGGAAACCUCAUCGAUGCUGGUCCGACGCGCAUCAAUGCCAAGAGGAUUCUGCUCAGCGGUCACCCGUACAAGGUGCACAAGAAAACCGCUACGAUCCGAUUCAUGUUCUUCAACCCCGAAGACGUGUACUGGUUCAAACCCAUUACGCUGCACACGAAGCUCGGUCGCACAGGCCACAUCACCGAGAGUCUCGGUACCCACGGAUACUUCAAAGCCCACUUCGACGGGCCCAUCAGUCAGAUGGAUACCGUGCUGAUGAAUCUGUAUAAGAGAGUGUAUCCGAAGUGGGGACAGGAGUUUAGGCAAGGGUAUGAGGAGCUGCCGCUGCCGAGGGGCGAGGUGUUUGGUGCUCACAAGGAGGAGGGGAUGCAGGAGGAGUAG